CUCAUUAUGAACUUUGUCUGCAUUUACCUGAUGAACAAAUUUUACCAGAUGAACUUGUUUCAGCAACUUAAAAAAUCAUAUCUGUAACUUUGAAAAACAACAUUUUAAAUGUAAUGCAGCAUAGAUCUUUUCUAGUAUACCAUUUCCCCCCCAAUACUAGAUUUUCCUGUAACAUACCUGUAUAUCAAUUGAAAAAUGAUCUGAGGAGCUGAUUUUUUGGAAUUGUGAGUAUAGGCAGCAACCUAUUCAUGAAUUCAUUAAGCUUCAGUUUUAGAGAGUUUGCUAACCUGGCUAUAGCAAAUAAAUUGUUGUUCUUAUAUGUUCAGACAUCUAACAUGCAUUUCUGUUCAGUGACAGGUGACUUGGCUGAAUCUGUGAAUUAGCUUUAUAUGUCCAAUAACCCAGUUACUAGGAAAAGGAGCCCCUCUUUCCCAGAAUGGUAUAGUGAGGAAAGAGCAAGCGAGGAUUUAUUCUGCAUUUACUGCAGUCACAGUAAUGGAAUUUUAGGCUAUGCAAUUAUACUUCUCUUUCAAAAAGAAAUAUACUGUAUUGUGCUAGUUAGUUGGUCUCUAGCACCAGCCAUAAUGUUGGCAGAAGGCAUCCUAACAGGAAUUAUAUACAGAGAAAAGAAACAAAAUAAACCCCACAGAUGUGACAUCAGCAAAAAAGAAAAGAAGGAAACCUGGAAAGAUCAUCUUGUGGAUAGACUGGCAACUGAAGACCUUGCUACAAAAUCUAAGAAGCAGGACAAGAUCAUUGCAAAAGACAGCAAGAAGGAACACAAUAAAGUUCUUCUUCCAUGUGAAUCAACAGAAAAGCUACCUGUAAAAGAACAUAAUAAUGUACAUGUUAAUGGAACCAUAUUUACAGGUUUACAUAUACCAGAAAGGGAACACAAUAAUGAAAAACAGUUGGAUUUGUAUAGGUCCUGGUCAUGCCACAGCAUUUAUCAAAACUACCCUGACCUACAUAUUGCAGGAGACCAUGUAGGGGACUAUAUGCUUGAUUCAGGUUGUGUUAUGGAUGACACAUGCGAUAAACUCCCUGAUGGCCCUGUUUUAGUGUCAGUAGAUAUUCCCUUAGGUCAUUCACCUCCAAAGGAGCCUCUUGAAAAAACUGCUGCAAAGUUCUUGAAUGGGGAUGAAGGUACAGAAAAGAGUAUGACACUCCACAAACAACCUCUUUCAAAUUCUGUGCUCAACAGUUACAUGGAUAGAAAGAUGGAAGAGCUCUAUAAACAGGUUUUUGAAGAAAACCUGACUAGAUGUGGCUCUGUAACAAACCUCCAGACUUCCAGUUUGAUAAUGAAUAACUUAAAUCAGCUAAGUCUUCAGUUGUCCCAGGAACAUAAUAUAGAAACAUCUAAAGCCAAAGAAAUGCUCUUACAUUCUCUAGCUUUGUUUAGCUGUCACAAUGCUGCCACUGGAAACAGUUCUGAGUUUAGUACUCCAAAUUUACAGAUCUCAAACCCUGUUGAAAAAAAGAGCUUCCAGAUGAAGUUAACAUCAUGA